GUUGUUUCCAUGCAUGGAUUGGAAUUUUAUAUUUCGGUCAAAAUAUCAACCCGAAAAAUUUUUUUUUUGAAUCACCAUGACCGUUCUGAUUUUGUCACGUUUUCGGCCAUUAGUUCAAAUAACUGUGAUCAACAGCAGUCAUAGUUUCAAACAGGUAAUUCGAAAUCCUUCGAUUCGAUCAUUUGUUUACAAGUUCAAUCGAAAUGAAUCGAUACCGAAUCAAACCAUUUUACUUCAACACAAAUAUUGGAACGCAUCGGAUUCUCGAAAAUAUAUGUCUUUGCUACAUUGGAUUCGAAGAAGGCGACGGAUAAAAAAUCCAUCCAUAUUUUUCAUUGGCUUUUCUGCCAUGUCAUUAUUACUCGUGAUUGAAUUCUUUUAUGAUAAAUUUCGUCGUUCAGGACUAUCAUUAACAGAAUAUUUUCGUUCAUCAACAUCGAAAGAUUCAAAAUUGAUUGCCGAAUUAAAUGAUGAUCAAUUGUCGGAAAAAUUCGAGACGAGAUAUGCUUCUAUAUUGAAUGAAUCGGAAAUUCCGAAAUUAAAACCAUCUAGGAUUGUUCCUGGGACGAUUGCUCUUGAUGACUUGAAAUUAACCUUAUUUCAAUAUCAGAACUGUCCAUUUUGUUGUAAAGUUCGGACAUUCUUGGACUAUUAUGGAUUACCCUACGAAAUAAUUGAAGUGAAUCCGGUGAUGAGGCAACAGAUUAAAUUCUCUAAACAUUAUGGCAAGGUGCCCAUUUUGUUGGUCACUGAUCUAAAGGGUUCAUCGCAUGAUGAAAUUCUUCAAAUUAACGAUUCUACAUUAAUUGUUUCAGCAAUGAAUUCCUACCUUUUAUCAAAGAAUCCAAAAUCAAGACAUAAUGGAGAAUCAAUCACUAAUAUGAUGCGAUGGUAUUUGAAUAGUCAUGUUCUAUCCAACGAAUUAGAAGAGAAUGAAAAAGAUAAAGAUGGAUCGACAUAUGGAGCCACGCGAUCGAAUGCUGAGCUAAUCAACCGAUAUUUCCUCAUGAUUGGCGAUGUUGAUCAAAGAAAAUAUGAGAAAAUCGAUCCAUUACUAGCACAAGAUCGUCGGUGGCGACGUUGGGUCGACGAUCAUUUGGUCCAUGUUCUUUCACCGAAUAUUUAUCGUACCAUGGAUGAAGCAUUCGAUUCAUUUGAUUAUUUCGCCAAAGUUAGUGAAUGGGAUCAAAUUUUCUCCAAAUGGGAGAUUAUGAUCAUAACGAAUGUUGGUGCCAUGGCCAUGUAUAUGAUUGGCAAACGAUUGAAAAAGAAAUAUCGACUUAAAGAAGAUGUUCGACAAUCACUAUAUGAUUCUUGUAACUAUUGGCUAAAAGCAAUUGGUCCAGAUCGAAAAUUUAUGGGCGGCGAUACACCCAGUCUAUCUGAUUUGACUGUUUACGGAGUUCUGAGUUCAAUCGAAGGAUGUGAAGCAUUUUCUGAUCUGAUUAAAAAUACAAAACUAUCCGAAUGGUAUUAUUCAGUCAAAUCAAUGGUCAAUGAACAUCGUGGAGCGAAUGAUAUUCAACAUCUGUUUGGCUAGUAAAUAAAAGUUUUUAUUGAAAUGGGAUUAUAUUUGGUCUUUCAAUAUUGAUUCUAUUGAAAAUUGAAUGAAAAAUAAAAUUUUAGUCAUUCUUCUCUAAAUUGAAUAAAUUCUAUUGAUUUCUUC